UCUUUCCCUAAGCCAAAAUGAUGGUGGAAUCCUCUUCACUUCCUCCUCUUCCUCCUCCACUGGCGUCGGCUGCACAGCCCCCGAUCCCCACCCCUCCGGCCACCGACAGGAGGCCCCGCCGGCCCCGUGCUAGGGAGGUCACCUCUCGCUACCUGUCCCCCUCCCCUUCCUCCUCCUGUUCGUCUUCCGAAACCCAACACUUCGCUGCGUCUCCGAGGAAUGUUUGCCCCGCCGUCUCCCUCCUCCCGCUCCUCCCCAAGAAGCCGCACAAGCAUCACGAACCCCCGGAGGCCGACGAGAACCAGCCCCUGACAUCCACCCGGCGCAGCGUGGAGACGCCCCUCCCCGUCUCCACCAAGCCUCCCAGCACCCUCAAGAAGAAGGCCGUCGUCCGGUUGUUCGCGGACAACAAUGCCGCUACCGGUGCAGCGGAGCAGCCACCGCGGCCGGGUGAUACGAAGCGGAGGCCGAGGCCGGGAACCCCGAUGCCGCCCCACCUUGUCGCGGAUGGCACCAGCGUCGGGAGAAGGAACCCCCGCACUCCCACGCCGGCCCGGGUGAGCCCGUUUCCGUUCGAGGGCAACAGCUACGGUCAUGGAAGCGGCGAUAAUCGGCUCGAGGAGACCUUGUCGGAGAAUUCUUUCUCGGAUUCAGAGACUUGCAGCGUUAGCAGCCAGGGCGGCCUCUGCGACAGCCCGCCCCUCCUCCCCCCUGCGUCUUGCAGAUCGAGGCCGGUGGCCGAGGUCCGGUCCUCCAUGCCGGAGGCCGACCUCCUGUCGGCCAGACGCGCCACGGAAGCGUGUUCCAGCCGACAAACCGGCGCUGAAGACUCUGCUUGUAGGGCGUCGACCAGCUCGUUCUGCCUCCGAUCCCUAACCCCGGCCAUGUCCUGCCGUCAGCAGCGGCAUCCGCUCAAUUUGAGCAAGUCCGUCAAUAGGCCCCUUUUCUCGUCAAAGCCGCCGCAACCUCCGACUGCUAAAUCCAGCACGGAGGUGAAGAAGGGGAAGAAGGAGUCGAGCCGGAAGGAGGAAGUCCAUGUGCUUAAGCUACUCGACAACCAUUACGUGCAGUGGAGGUUCAUUAACGCCAAAGCACGAGCAGCAAUGGAAGCUCGGAGAAUUGCUGCCGAGAGAUCACUGCACGGGCUUUCGGCGACGAUCGCAGAGCUCCAAAGCUCCGUUACUGAGAAGAAGAUCCAACUCGAACAACUCAAGAGAAGAGAAAGUCUAUCGUCCAUCAUCCGCUGUCAGAUGCUGCAUUUGGAUGAGUGGACAGUUCUUGAAGACGAAUAUUCAAGUUCUCUUUCAGGAGCAACAAAGGCUCUUCAGGAUGCUUCACUUAGACUCCCAAUUAAUGGGAAUGUGAAGGUUGAUAAUAGAGAACUCAAAGAAGUUCUAGACUAUGCAUUACUAAUGCUGGAAUCACUUUCUCCAUGUGUGGAAAAUUUUCUACCAAAGACAGCAGAUAUUGAUAAUGUAGCUUCAGAUCUCGCAAGUGUAAUCAGUACUCAGAAAACUCUAGUUGAGGAAUGUGGAAAUCUUUUAUCGGAGGCACAUAGGUUGCAGGUGAAGGAAUGCAGCUUGAGAACCCAACUUAUUCAAGUAAAGCAGCACAAUGUAUACUCAAGUACAGUACUUCAGGUCUCUUAAGCAUUCCAACUGUCAGGAAAACCAUAUGUUAUUCUUUCAUUCUUUGAGUUCAUUGAGAUGCCAUGGUGUCAAUAAGAACAACCGUCAGAAAGGAGAGAGUUUCCAGUGAAGACAGUGACAUCCAUUCAUUAUGAGGCUAGAUCUAGUAUCUCAACUUUUGUACAUCAAGCAAACAAAAAGAGUGGCCUUUUCUUGUAUGGAAACAUUUUCGAAUCAUGGAUGAACAGUUUCAGAAUAA